AUGUGUUUUCUGACCAAGCAUCCAGCUCUUGGGGUGGUAUGUUCUGCUUUCAUAUUCAGCCUGCUCAUUGCAGAAGGACAGCCUGGGGAAGAGCAUGGGCAGGAUGGCAGCAAUCCUCCCAGCAGAGGCUCUCUGGUGGAAGUUUUACGCAUUCUCUCAGCUGAAAACACUGAGCUCCACAUGAACCACUCACGAGAACUGGUCAAAAUGUUACUGGAGAGAGCUGAAUGCCCACUGCGGACUUAUGGCAUGCAAGAGGAUUGUAAUCUGUGCCUUGAACCAGAUUCUUUGUUACUGAUAGCUGGAGGAGAUUUAGAAGACCAUCUCAAUGAAGAAGUAUUUGAGAGAAUUUCUCUUAUUCUUCUCUACUACAUUCUUCAUCGUAGAGAUAUGUGUUCUUCAGAAUUCAGCUUGAGUGAUAAGGAUUAUAAAUUUUACCUACAGAGUAUGCUUAGUUUAAGACAUGAUGAAGACUGUUAUUAUUUUUCACGGAAUGAAACUGAAGAUAUUUUAGCUGCAGUAAGGCAACAUUUUAAAACUUCUGAAAACCAGUGUGUGGAUGUGAGCACUCUGGAGAAAAAUGCUGAUAUAAUGGACAGAGAUGGCGCUGAUGAAAACACUCUUCCACGCCUGGCUGCUUUAAUCCUUACUCUGGCUCUCCAAGGAGUCUGUAUGGGGAAAGCAAGUUUGCCUUCCCCAGAAUUCUUUAUAAAAUAUAUUUUUAAUUCUCUAAAUAGUACCACUGAGCUCCAAGUGACAGAACUAGAACAACUACUCAGUGUGCUUAGAGCCAAAAAGACCUGCACUGUAAAUGGACAAUUUCACAGUCACAAAAGAAGACGUUACAGUUUGGGAAUCAGAGAUAUUGGAAGAAGAAAUACUCCAGUCAAAGGAAACCAUACAAAAGGAGACUAUCUGAAAGGCUAUUUUGAAGAUCGUGAAAGGAACACAGAUUGGGACCAGGUUUGUUUCUCUGCCAAUGAACUUGUGAAGAUAUUUUUGAAAAACAGUUCUUCCUCCAUUUCUAAGGACCACUUCAAGCAAAUCAGUCCAGCUAUCAUUCAACAACUUUUAAGUUGUUCAUGUCAGCUUCCUGACUUCAAACAGACAAAGCUUCCACCAACAACUGUGGAAAAAUAUGGUUACAGCACUCUUGCUGUUUUACUUAUUACUGUUGGAUCUAUGUUUGGUACAACUCUCAUUUUAUUUAACUCCUGUCAAGAAAUCUAUACACUCAUUUUACAGCUGUUUGUUGGUUUGGCUGUUGGAACCCUUUCUGGAGAUGCAUUGCUACAUCUUAUUCCUCAGACUCUUGGUUUACAUAAGCAUGAAGCACAAGACAUAGAACAUUUCUAUGAGGGAAAAGAAUAUAUUUGGAAACUUUUGGGAAUAAUUGGAGGAAUUCAUGGAUUUUUUCUGAUAGAAAAGUGUUUCUUUCUUUUGGUAACACCUCGUGACCAGCAGGGCCUUUUUUUAGUUAAUGGGCACUGGGGACAUUCCCAUGAUCUUCCAGUGGAGUCUGAAUUAAAUGAACAUUCAGGCAGAGGCAAAUCUACUUCAACCAUACAGUUGAGAAGCCCGGAAGAUUCUGAACCUGCUGAAGUUCCUCCAGACAGCAAGGUGAUCAGCAAAAAAAGUAAAAAAAUCAGCUUGUUAGCAAUAAUGGUUCUGGUGGGUGACAGUCUUCACAAUUUUGCUGAUGGCUUGGUAAUAGGAGCAGCAUUCUCAUCCUCAACAGAAACAGGUGUGACAACGACUGUUGCUAUUUUAUGCCAUGAAAUUCCUCAUGAAAUGGGAGAUUUUGCUGUGCUGCUAAGUACAGGGCUCCCAACGAAGAUUGCAAUUUUGAUGAAUUUUAUAAGUGCACUAACAGCAUUCUUAGGACUUUAUAUUGGCCUUUCUCUAUCGACUGACCCAUCCAUUCAAAACUGGAUCUUUACUAUUACAGCUGGAAUGUUCUUGUACUUGUCUUUAGCAGAAAUGCUUCCUGAAAUGACUCAUAUUCAGACACGGCGACCCUGGUUGAUGUUUCUCCUUCAGAACCUUGGAUUACUAUUAGGCUGGCUUUGCCUCUUACUUUUGGCUGUAUUUGAACAGAAAAUUAAAAUAUAA